UUGAGCGCCAUAUUAACAAACCCUCUAUCGAACAAACCAAUGAGGAUGUUAAUUGUGUUAUAAAUACAACAAUCCAUAAAAAUCACCCGUCAUUACCUUCAAAAGACAGGUUUGCAAAGAAACAAUAAAAUACGAGGUUCCAUAAACAAGACGUUUCUUCUGUUCGGAUUUGUUCAUAUGGCACCAAGUAAACAGUUCCAUCCUAGUAGGUUAAACUUCGGGAAAUCGCUUAAACGCCAAGAGAAUAUGUCAAACAUUAUGAUAAUCCUGGCUGCUAGUGAAUUGGGAAGCUGUUAUUUGGUGGUCAAGGCGAAGUAAUCAUAUCCGGUGUCAGAAUGUCCGCGCCGCGCUGGAUACACUGCAACAUUUGCCUUCAUCUUUUGUCGAGAAAGGAGCGAAAGUUUUACCAUCUAUCCUGCCGUCAUGUGCUUUGUAGGCAAUGUAUGGGCAAAACGAGUAGAUCGAGGAACAAUAUGUCCGGUGUGCAACAAACCGUUGGAACGCUUCACCGAGCUUAGUAAUCAGAUGGACCGCAAAGAAAAGAUGUUGUACGAUUCUGGCUCGUUGAAAUUGCUUAGUGUUGCCUAUCAAAGUGUCAUAUUCCAGCACAAACAACGACAAAAUAUGAUCAGAGGAAUUCUGCGCUGCGUAUGUCGUAAAGCAAUAGUACAGAUGAAGGAUAUGGAAGACUCCCUGCGACAGAAAAUAGUGGAAACUCAACGGCGGUACGAAAAGUUUCGCACCUACCGUCGGAAUCUGCAGGAAACGCUCCGUCAAAUAUCACCCCGUUACGGAAAUGGUCCAUUGAUGGGCGCUAGCGGACGGACUGCAAUACCGCAGAUAGCAAAUCGCCCGACAGCACUGUCCAAUCGCGAUUGCGAUCCGGACAGUCGCCGAUACGAUCGAAAGCGAACAACUACGACGGUAUCUUCGAAUGUGAUUAACUUUGAUACACCUUCUCUUACGAUGCGACCAACUGCGACGGUAUCCUCGAAUGUGGUUAGCUUUGAUACACCUUCCCUUACGAUGCGACCAACUUCGACGUUAUCUUCGAACGUGGUUAGCUUUGAUACACCUUCGCUCACGAACCGACCAUCGCACAAAGUUCCCUUUAAUACACCUUCGCUCACGAACCGACCUUCAUCAAUUCUGGAGGGUAGUUUUACACGGCAACACGUAACAAUGAUGCACUCACAACCCAGCAAUACUGGACACUUAAUGGAAGUAAAUGAUAAAAUUGGAGGAACUAGUAUGAAUGCGUUGGCGAAUGAUUCAGGCAUUUCCGGCAUGCAAACACCUUCAUCAAACUUUAGUUAUGGUGCCAACUCUAUAAUAGGUGGACAUCGACAUGGUCGUCAGCACACUCCAUCAACGCCAGCAAGGUAUCAUGCCGGGGGUGUAUCCUUUCUGGAUGAUCAAAUGAUGUCGUCCAUCAAACGACGGCUUUGAAACAUAAUUCGUACACCAACGGAGUUUGUUGCAUAUUCCGUACUUUCUAUAUAGUCUUAAAUAUUCACUGUCUUUAUUACAAUGUUUCCAUUAGCGUCUUUUGUCGGAAUAUAUCAUGCACCAUCGUCAUAU